UGCAUCGAAUUGAAAACAUCGACGUUUCCGAUGCAUCGGUUAACAUCACGCAUCUCUAAAACUUCUAUAAACAACUAAAUUUUAAGAAAAUUUGUUAGAAGUUUGUUUUUUAAUAGCAUGAUGUUAUGUCGCUUGUGCGUUAGUGAAUGCGACCAAUCUCCUGUAGAACUUUUGGACUCCGGAGGUCAAAGCACUCCAAUUUAUAAUGUUGUAGCGAGGUAUUUCGAAAAGGAGAUAAUGCUAGAAAUUAAAGAAGAAUUUAUUGCGGAACACCAUGCAGAUACGAAAGAGUCGCACGUAAUGUGCACCAGUUGCUGGGGUCAUAUAGAUGAUUUCCACAAAUGGCAUGAAGAGAUGGUGGUCCUGCACGAAGAGCGCCUAAAGCAGCUUAAGCAACCUUACCAAAGGGAUUUGGUGGAAAGUGUGAAGUUGGAAAUGGAAAUGGAUGUCCCCAACGUAGAUAUAUUUGCAGAUUCAUUUGCCGACCACGUAUGUGAUAACGACGACAGUCUACAAGAGUUUACUGAAGAUCCUGUUGCAAUAUGCGAAACCAAACUUUCAGACUCGCCAAAGAAAUUAAACUCAGUAGAUCAAAUAAAUGAUGAAAAAUGUGAUAACGAUAGCAUCUAUGAUGAUAUGCCAUUGUUGAGUAGAAAAAAGCUUGCAAAAAGCAAAAAAGCCGUUGCCAGGAAAGAGAAAGCAAACGAUGAUCUUAUUGACGAAGAUAAGCCGUUAGUGACAGGUAAAAAAAUGAGAAAAAGCAAAGGCUCUGAUGCCUUUAAAAAUACAAGGAAGAGUAAAAAGGCAAAACAAGUGGGCAAGAAUUCUUCGGAUGCUGAAUUUAAUCUGGAUUCUUAUAUUGAUGAAGACAAAGAUGAUUUGAACACUUCUGAUAGAGCUAGGGAAAAAAGUAUAAAAACAAAAGAAUUUGAUGCCUUUAUAGCCCAACAUUUUAAAGAGCAACUGCCUUGUGAACUCUGUGGGCAUUUAUCCGCAGACUUCACUGAACUGCAUAUACACUUCCGCGAUGUACACCAAAAUAAUAAGGGUUAUGUAGUCUGUUGCAGGCACAAGUAUAGUCAAAGAUUUCACUUUGUUGAACACUUGCAAGUACAUUUGAAUCCACAAAAGUUUCAGUGUACUGAAUGCGGCAAAUGUAGUGCCAAUGCUAGGAGCUUAGUAGCGCAUAUGAAAUCUAUGCAUGAUCCUGAGGCAUCUGAACGUCGUUUUGAGUGUGAAAUUUGUCAUAAAAAAUUCACCAAGCUUCCCAUUUUAAAAACUCAUAUGGAAACGCAUGUGGAGGGCAAUCCAGAUCAUGUCUGCAAGGAAUGCGGGAAGGGCUUUGUCUUGGAGAGCCGCCUCAAUAUUCACAUUCGCAAUGUCCACAGCCUAGCAUAUCAAAGUGUGUGUGAUCAGUGUGGCAAAUCCUUCCGUGGGCGUUAUGCGUUAAAAUAUCAUAUGUUGGAACAUGAUGGCGGUGGAAAAAAACUGUGGCCCUGUGACCAAUGCGAUACCCAAUUACAUUCCAAAUUCAGUUUAAAGCGACAUAAGCGAAUAGCUCAUCAUGACGGAUCUACAGUAUAUGUUUGUGGCGAAUGUGGUAAGGUAGCACUGACUGAAGAAGCGCUAAAGUCACAUAAGCGAUAUGUGCACCAGAGGCAGCGUAUUCACAAAUGCACGCUAUGUGACAAAGCGUUCAAGGCUUCGAAAGUUUUAAGGGAGCAUAUGACAACACAUACCGGCGAGGAUCUGUAUCAGUGUCCACAUUGCCCGCGAACAUUCAAAGUGAAUGCAAAUAUGCACCAUCAUCGCAAACGAAAACACCCCAAGGAAUGGGAGGAAAAUCGAAGACAGAGACAAAUGUCUUUCAAACGUGUUGACCUUAACAACAUAUCGAAUGAAGUGGUGUUCUUUGUGUUAGAGUCCCGUCUUAAUAUUCAUAUUCGCAAUGUCCACAGCACAUCAUAUCAAAGUGUUUGUGAUCAGUGUGGUAAAUCCUUUCGUGGUCGCUCUGCUAUAAAAAUUCACAUGUUGGAGCAUGAGGGCGGAAGUAAACGACGUUGGCCCUGUGAUCAGUGCGAUCUUCAACUAUAUUCUAAUUACAGUUUGAAGCGACACAAGCGUGCAGCUCAUCAUGAUGGAUCUGAAGAAUAUGUUUGCGGCGAUUGUGGCAAGGUCGCCUUCACUGAGGAUGCACUUAAGAGACAUCAAAAGUACGUACAUCUGCGCGAACGCGUACAUAAAUGUACAAUUUGUGAGAAAGCAUUCAAGCAACCUCACGCGCUGAAGGAACAUAUGACGACACAUACCGGCGAGGAUCUUUAUCAAUGUCCACAUUGUCCGCGUACUUUUAGAGUGAACUCCAAUUUGCACCAUCAUCGCAAACGAAAACAUCCUAAGGAAUGGGAAGAAAAUCGAAAACAACGAAAAAUGUGUUUCAAACGUAUUGAUCCCAAUACUAUGAAUGAAAUAAAAUAAUUAAGGGACCGAAAUAAAUAAACCAGUAAAAGUUUUACCAAGUGAAUCACUUGUAAAUCCAA